AUGCGCGGAAAACUGUUGUGAAAAUAUUUUUCUCUGUGAUUCUACCGAGUGGUUUAUCGAUUUUUUUUCUCGUGUGCCGGGUAAAAAUACUAAGAAAUCGAAAUAAAAAUGUUUCAGUAAAAAUUUAGUUUCACAAAUUUCAUAUUCAUAAUAUUUAAAGUUGCUUUAAUUUAUUAAUUUUAAUAUUGUGCUUGUCCGUCGAAUGAUUUUCGUUUCUUGAUUGCACAACAAAGGAAGUUUAAAGUUGAACACAAGUAGCGUGAUUAAGAAGAUCCGGAAUUGAGUUGAAUUAAAAAUUAUAAAAAAAUGAGUGACGAGGACUCAAAGCGAGUAUUGAAUGAACCAACAGAUGCAUCAAUUGAAGUGCCGAACAAUGCUGACAAUAAAAAGACCUUGAAAGAUGUCGUUCUGGAUGGUCUCGAAGAAAAGGGGAAGGGAAAGGAUUGUUGGCUUUGGGUUUUAUUCAUUCUUUGCAUCACGCCAAACAUCAUCAACGGUUUUCACAUCUCAUCUUACGUAUUUCUAAUUCCCGAAUCGUACUUCUGUCUAGUGCCCGAACUGCAUCACAAAAAUUGGACCAAUGAACAGAUCAGAGAAAUUGCUGUGCCUGGCGGUCUCGAAACGAAUCAAAGUUGCGAGGUCUACAUGUGGGAUUAUGAGAAAUUUUCUGAUCUCAGCUAUGCCCAAGCGAAGAGUUAUCUUAAAGGCAAACAUAAACCUGAAACGAAAUCAUGUUUCGAGAUGAAAGAUACGAUCAAUGACGACUACGCAUUCCAUUUUGAACAGGAGAAAGACGUCAGCUUUGUUCCCGAAUGGAAUUUGGUGUGUGAACGAACAGCAUUGCGGUCAAAUGUUCAAGUAGCUUUAAGUAUAGGGAAGUUUGUUGGUGCAUCAACCUUUGGGAUUAUCAGUGACAAAUAUGGUCGGAAAAUGGCAUUCAAUGUUGCUGCGACGCUUUACAUUCUGUCUGGUUUGUUGACAACAUUUUCCCCGACUUACAUUUUCUUGAUCAUUGGACGUAUCGGACUUGGCUUCUGUGGAUCGGGCGUUUUCUACUCACUCUUCACACUCAUCACAGAGAAUUCCGGACAAAAAUAUCGAUCAAGCUUGUCGAUAGCUUACAACUUUUCAUAUCCAUUGGGAUUCUUGUUUCUUGCCUUUGCAGCUUACAUCACACCACACUGGAGGGACUUGUCGCUUGUGUUAACCAUUCCAUCAUUCUUACUCAUUAUUCACCUUAUAUGGCUCGUUGAAUCUCCUCGAUAUCUCAUCAGUAAAGGAAAAUACAAAAAAGCUUAUUUAAUGCUUUACCGUAAAAAGCCAUCACCUGAUUAUUUGCUUGAACUUCAAUGUGACAAGGAAGCGAUAAUUGAGUCAAUGGAUGAGAAAUCAUCGACAGUUUCAUUCGCAGAUAAAAUAGGAAAACUUUUUCAUGAAAUUAUAAAAAUUUAUGGACCGGCAACACUUCGUCGUAAAGCUUUGAUUUGCCACUUUACAUGGUGCGUGACAUCACUCACAUAUUACAUGCUGGCACUUAAUGCUGAAAAUUUCAAAGCCAAUAUCUAUAUUUGGACGGGUCUGACUGGAACGGUCGACAUUUUUGGUUACAUCGUUUCUAUUUUCAUUCUCAAAUGGUCAACCCGCAGACUUUCACAGUUCACGUUAUUUGUCCUUGCCGGCGCUUUCCUUCUCUUUGUCCUUGCCAUCGCCAAAGAAGCCGAAUUUGUGCUGCUUGUGUUUGCGAUGAUGAGUCGCUUUUGCAUAACGUCAGUGUAUGCUAUCAUGACCUUGCACACCGCUGAGAUGUUCCCAACUGAAGUGAGAAAUUCCGUGUUGGGCAUAAGUUCGACUGCAGCACAUUUUGGGUCGUUCUUCGCUCCUUAUAUUGUUGAUCUUCUUGGGCCAAUCGCUUGGUACAUGCCAACAACAAUUUGUGGAACUUUAGUUGUCGCUGCUGGCUUUCUGACAUUAUUUCAACCUGAAACAAAAGGCCACGGCUUGACUGAUCAUGUCCAUGAAGACAUAAAUCGGGAGAAUGACGACGCAGAUGUUGAAAUGAAUUCGAAGAAUUAAAAGACAAUUAUAAUUAUAUUAAGCUAUAAGUCGUCAUGUUGAUACACAAUAUAAAUAUCACUGACAAUAUCUUGACGCAACAUUCAAGACAAUUAUUUCUACAGUAAUUUAAUAAUAAAAUAAAAAGAAAUUCUGCUGAAAAGAAGACAAAAAAUAUUUUCAUCAUCAAAGAGACUUUCACUUUAUCUAAAUACUAAUUUAUUUUAUUAGAAAAAAAAUACAAAGACUGAGAUUCUAUUUCAAUUACUCGUUAAAUUCCAAUGAAAUUGCUUCUAAAAUAAGAAAAAUUGCGUGAAGUAUUAAAAUAAAAAAUAAGAAAAUUGCGAAGCUUCUCUCUAGUUUUGUUUAAUGUUCUUAUCACCGACAGAAAUUUCGUUGUUGUUCUCAUCGUAAACAAUUUUCUUCUCAUUGACAGCUGAUUUCGCCUUCUUAUUGUAUGAUUUGAUGUAGAAUGACGAGAACAUGUAAGUGAAGAGAGCAGCGUUAAUUGAAAGCAACAUUCCGAUUGAUUUUGGAAAUGUGCAGUUGGGUUGAAAUUGAAGUUGAAUUGUGUGACAGAAAACCACUAAAAAUUGAAUAAUUUGCAUAAUGGUCAAAUACCGUUUCCACCACAAAUAUUUUUGCAU